CUUUUACUUAACCUUCGAUCUCCUCCUUGCAUGGCGCUGUGUGCAGUCUUCUUUUGCCGCAGUUUUGCACGGAGGUUUCGAAGAAGUGAUCUUUGUUUUCGUUCUCUGAUUGCACCAGCAAAACGCAGCUUCAGUUCAUUUUCAUAUUCAAAAGAAAACGCUUCCGGAAUGAGGAAGAAGCUGCUGGUGGACGUGGACUGCGGCGUGGAUGACGCACAGGCUAUCAUGCUGGCGCUGGCAGCCCCAAAUGUGGAUCUGCUAGGGGUGACAUGCGUGCAUGGGAACACCACGGUGGAGAACGUGUGCAGGAACACACUACGUGUUUUGCAGGCUUGCGACAGGCUUGAGAUUCCGGUGUUCAAAGGUGCUGCCAAGCCCCUCCUUGGCAACACAAUAAACGCUAGCCACUUCCACGGACAGGACGGCCUCGGUGACGCACCCGACCCGAACGCUCCCGGACUGGACCUGGUGCAGGACGAGGGCGCAGUGUCGGCCAUGAUCAGAAUUGUCAACGAGAAUCCGGGAGAGGUAUCCUUGGUUGCUAUGGCGCCACUCACAAACCUGGCUUUGGCCGUGAGGUUGGAUCCAUCCUUACCGAAUAAGCUGCGAGGGCUCUACAUCAUGGGAGGCAACACUGAAUCUCGAGGGAACACCACAGUGUGCGGAGAGUUCAACUUCGCAGCUGAUCCAGAGGCGGCAUACAUCGUGCUGAAUGACUAUCAGUGUCCCACCUACUUGGCAUGCUGGGAGUUUACGUGCUACAGCAAACUGUCCUGGGAGUUCUGCGACACCUGGUUGGCGCAGCAAACGCACAAAGCUCGCUUCAUGGCGCGCAUCUUCCGCCACAGCAUGGAGGCAUCGAUCAGCGAACGCUCAAAAAAAGAGUUCGUGGGCGGCAGCGGCUUUGUGUCAUGCGACUCGUACGCUGUGGCCGCCGCGGUAGACGACGCAUUCGUCACCGAGAGCGACCGCUGCCCGGUCACCGUGGAACUGACGGGCACGCACACUCGAGGCAUGAUGGUGGUGGAUACGCUGGGCCUUCUUAACAAGUCUCACAAGGCUGUCAUCAUGAAAAAGGUUGACAUGGAGAAGUUUAAGGAGAUGAUGAUGGCAGCCUUGAAAUAAUUACUAAGAAUUGCGGACCUGAUCUAGAUCAUUUGGAAAAUGUUUGGAAUAAAUUCCAUUUCUAUUCUUUAAAAAAAACUAACUUACCAGUGAUGGGACAUUAUUUUCUAGGCUGAAAAAUGUAAAUAUUUUUUUUUAAUCUUCAGAAAUAAAGUCUUGGACAGUGCAAUGUCCGUUUACUACAUGAAUAAA